GGAUAUUUUGACUGUUGACGAAAUUCUUGCCUUUGCUCUCCAACCUGGCAGGUCUUCGCAAAACGGUAAUGGGGUAUUACGAUCAUCAAUAUCAUUAGAUGUACAUGAUCUGAUGAAAACAAGAGAUGCUACGUUAUUGAACGCUUUUAAUGAAGAAAGUUUAGGAUUAACUCAAUUAAAUGAUAUAUCUGAUUCUGAAGAGGGUUGA